AUGAUCUUCAACAACCGCCACCGCUUCCGCCGAGGACAUUCCAGAGCCCAGGGCAAGCUACCGCGCCGUGGCCGCAACCCAGCCUAUACAGCGGCGGCUAUUCCCCUCCCGUCGGGCCGCCUCCCUCUCAUACAGCGUCCCCUCAUCAAACUGCCCCAGCGCCAGUCUACGGGCCACCUCCAGAUGCCGCAUGGUUCAGCGGGCGGUUCUAGCCAGCAAGGUAUCGGGGGCCUAUUCCCCGGUGGUAAGAUUCCGCCGCCGCCACCGGGUCCUCCGCCUGAUAGGCCCAGCCAGGGACAAGGGCAAACGGAACAUUUCGGUGCCGAAACAGACCUACCAGGGCGCAACAAUGAUUUAAGAUAUCCCCACGGAAACGUCCCGCAUAACGCACAAGUGCCUAGUCAAGACCGCGUACAAGAUCUAGCACCCUUAUCAUUCCAGCAGCCCGCUCUACCUUCAAGAGAUGACGCAACUACUAGCAGCCUUGAGAGUAGAUUGGGAGGUUUGAAUCUGAAUAGUGGUGUGCAGCCGGCAUUCCAGGAACUCUCUCACACAAUACCCCAGGCCGCGCAUCCAUCACAUCCACUGCCGGCUCAUCUUACACUGGUCCAGCAACAUCCGCCAGAAUCUCCUAGUUUCCAUCGUGAUAACGGUAUCCCAGCUUCCCCGUAUACGGACACCAUACCUAACGCCGGGCACCCGGCUCGCAUGGCACAUGGUCUACAACAGACCUACUCAGCGCCUCCGCUCCCUGCGAAGAAAGCUCCGCCUCCAUCAGAUAUGGUCUCGGAGUGCAUUGACAGUCCAGUCACAUUUCCUACCAAGUGGUAUUCGCCCGCCGGCGCUCCAGAGUUUUACAUUUGCUCAAAGUGCCAGUACGACCACAUUUGUGGAACCCCUUGGAGGCUACGAUACAAGGACAACGGCGCUAAAGGGACGGAUGGAGUGCGAUGGUUCAAGGCGAUCGAGGGGAGUAUUCCUAACAUGGUCAUUUGCGAAGCAUGCUACGAAGAUUAUGUAUUCGAAACAAAUUUCCGGCACAAGUUCGAAGUGGAGGGAAACCAGCGCCCGGACGAGCUUUGGGCGUGUGACCUCGCUAUCGACUACCUCAAGAAGGAGCUCCAAAAGAGAACUGAGAGCGCUGAUUGGCAGGGCUUUGUGACCGAAGCGAAUGCGCGGCUUAACAUCCCGGCGUGUCCUCGGUGGGAUGGCGUGGGUGCCGGGACGAGGCGAUGGUUCACCCCUACGUUUGGGAGCUACGAACGGGACGGCGUGCUGAUUUGCGCCGCGUGCUACUGCGACUACGUCUUGAACACGGAUCAGACGCCGCACUGGAAGGACGCGGGGGACGACCUCUCCCGCCGAUUAGGGGACACUCUUCAGUGCGCGACGGGACAGUUCAACGUGAACAUGGCUAUGCUCUGCGCCCAAGACCGGAAAGACUUUUCCGUCUUUUGGGAAGCGCUCGGGAACGCCCACCGCGAAGAGUACUGCGGCCCCAAGGGGAUAGUGAACGGGAAAUGGUUCACGUUGCGUUCGGACCCGGACGGCUUCAGCGUGUGCGCUGGAUGCUUCGCGGCUAUCCUCGAACCCUUGGGUCUUGCCGAUUCUUUCACGCCCAAGGGAAAGGUACCACGGGAAGAGGCGGUGCUAUGCAGCUUUAAUCCCAAGUCUCCGCGUUUCGUGUCGUACCUGCAAGCGCUGCUCCAGAGUUUCUUUACGCGCGAUACCUCCUCGUUGGAGGACAUCGCGACCAAUCUAGCCAACGUGCCAGCGUGCAGGCGCGAUCAGGACUUCAAGGGCGGGACGUGGUACGGUUGGGAACAGUGCCACAUUUGUCCAGGGUGCUACCACGAGUUCGUGCGAGGGUCGGUGCUCGAUUCCGCCAUGUCGUAUCGGGGCGUUGCGCUUGGCGACCGGGCGUGCAUGUGCGAGAUGUACAGCCCUCGCAUGCGCAGCCUGUACCUAGAAGCGUGCGCCAAGUCACCGCCCGAUGCGUCGGAGCUCCUAGCCUUCUCGGAUCAAAGGCGCGUCGUUUACGUCAACACGGUGCUGCGGAUCCGGCGGAUGCUUGACGAGUCGCGCCUGUUGAUGAUGCAGCAGCAGACGCUCAACACGAUGAGCUCGUUCUACACCAACAUGGGUCAGAUGAAGGAGAUUCUGUCGCCCAGCGCCUAUUCGUACGGGGCGCCGGGGGUCGGGUACGGGUUCCAGAACCAGUCCGCCUUUCAGGGCGCCGUGUACCACCAGCAGGCGUUGGGCGUGAUGCAGCAGGGUACGGACCCGAAUAGAGUCAUGGCGGUGAGGGAGCUGGAGAUGCAGUGGAGGGCUGUGGAAUAA